AUGAAAUUGUCUGUUGGUAUUAUUGGAUGUGGUCCCAGUGGUUUAGUAACAUUAAAAGAAUUACUAGAUGAAGGCCAUCAAGUAACUGUUUUUGAGAAAACUUCACAUAUCGGUGGUAUAUUUACAACCGUUUACCAACAAGGUGUUAUGGUAUCAUCGAAUCUCGUCACAAUGUUUAGUGAUUUUGUUGGAAGAGAACACGAUAGUAUUUUAGAAAAUCCGCGAAUGAUGAGUUUCAUUGAAUACUCGCAGUAUUUGGAUGAUUAUGCCGAUCAUUUUAACCUAAAAGCACAUAUUCACUUUGAAACUCAUGUGCAAUCAGUGUGGCGAGAUACAGCAACAGACAAAUGGAAUGUGCGCGUUUUGAAACAUGGAGUGGACCAACCAGAGAUAUUUCAAUUUGAUCGUAUUGCUAUUUCUUCCGGUACACAUCAACACCGCUCAAUGCCUCAUUUUGUUAAUCAUGAACAAUUUCAGGGUAAAAUUAAACAUUUACAGGAUAUUAAAUGGUUUGAGGAUUUCACCGGAAAACGAGUAUGUGUUGUCGGAGGUGGUGAAGCGGCUGGUGAUAUGGCAUUAGAAUCAGCUAAGCAUGGUAAAAAGUCAUUUAUAUCAAUCCGUAAAGAUCAUGGCGCUAUUGUACAAAGGUAUUUUCGUGGACUACCAGCUGAUUUGUCAACAAACCGUGCGCUUCAUUCGAAUCCCCAUGCAUUUGGUCUAUACCAAUCGUACUUCUUGACUUAUUACCAGCUCAUCCUGGAUUUUAUCGCACGAUUACUUGGAUUUGACAAACGGCCACCAGUAGAAAUAGAAAUAGAUCGUCAAAUUUUAUUGAUGAAUUUAGCACAACUUGGUACGAGUAAUUAUCGAAGUACAUAUGGCACAAAAAAUAGUGGCUUCACUGAGGCAAUUGUACAAUAUAACUGUCAAAGAAAACCUGGAAUUCGUGAGCUUAAAGCACCUGCAACUAUUGUAUUUGAUGAUGGGACCGAAGAAGAAGACAUCGAUGAAAUUGUUUGUUGUACCGGCUUUGAAAAUCAUUUUCGAUUCCUUGAAACAGAAGAUAACGAUAAUGAUGAAAUAAUCAAACAGGUCGCCAAAGAAGCAAGAAUUUCUCAUGAUCUUUAUAAACAUUGUGUGCAUGUCCUCACUGGUGAUCAAUUAUUUUUUAUUGGAUUUGUUCGACCUUGUUUUGAUGCUAUACCACCAUUAGCUGAAAUGCAGGCACGUUGGUUUGCUCAGUUAUGUUCAGGUAAUGUUAAAUUGCCAUCGCGUGCAACAAUGCUUGAGCAUAGUAAAAUAUAUGUUGAAUACAUUGAAAACCAGUUAACAUCGUAUCGGACAAAUCGAAUUGUUACCUUAACUGAUCACUUAGUUUAUGCAGAUGAUAUUGCACGUUUAAUAUCAUGUCGACCAAAUUUUCUUAACAUGUUUUUUUGCGAUCCAAAGUUAUGGAUCAAAUGUCACAUGGGACCAAUAAUGAUGGCUCAUUUUCGUCUCUGCGGUCCUCAUGCAAAACCAGCUGAAUCACGACGUAUUAUCCUCAAGUCAAAAUGGAUAAUUGAUUCGGCAGGAAUUAUUCAACUUGUAAUGAUUUAUAUACAUUUCCUUUUUUAUUUCUUUGGAAAUAUUAAGUCCUGUAAACCUAACGCAUGGUAUCCAGUGAUAAAAUGGCGUUCAUAG